UUUGCCAACGGCUGUUUGUGUGAUAAUUUACUGUGGGCACAGGACUGCUAAGCCAAGAAUCUGUGUUGGUACACUGAUACUCUCAGUGCAAGCAGCGCCACAACCAGCAUUUUAAGAUGCCACUGCACCAAGGACGCCACUCAAUAACUGGUGAGAUGACUGGCACCGUGAGGCAGCACGGCCGCAGGCACUCAGCCUCGGACAUCCUGCUGAAGGUCUUGCAGCGCAGACAAAGUUCUGCCCUAGAGAUCCUGUCAUCCUACUCCCACAGAGUCAUUGUGGCCAUCAGCAUGAACCAGCCGGAGCCUCCCACUGAUUGCAAGACCAGGAGAUCUAAUACUAGGGUUCCUACAGCAAAGUACACCAAGAUGGGGGAGACCCUGAGGCAUGUCAUCCCGGGUCACAUGCAGUGCUCCAUGGCCUGUGGAGGGAGAGCCUGUAAAUAUGAGAACCCGUCUCGCUGGAGUGAUGAGGAGCAAGCCAUCAAGGGACUCUAUUCGUCCUGGAUUACUGACAAGUUGCUAGCUAUGGCAAGGCCUUCUACUGAAAUCAUAGGGAAAUAUAAUGUAAUUGAACAAUUCCAAAGAUGUGGUUUGAAGACAGUCAUCAACCUUCAGCGGCCAGGAGAACAUGCCAGCUGUGGAAACCCACUGGAGCAAGAGAGCGGUUUCACUUAUCGACCAGAAACUUUCAUGGAGGCAGGCAUUUAUUACUACAAUUUUGGGUGGAAGGAUUAUGGUGUGGCAUCUCUGACUACAAUCCUUGACAUGGUGAAGGUCAUGUCCUUUGCUGUCCAAGAGGGGAAACUGGCUGUCCACUGCCAUGCUGGUCUUGGAAGAACAGGUGUGUUGUUGGCUUGUUACUUGGUUUUCACGUCCCGGAUGAGCGCUGACCAAGCCAUCCUGUUUGUGCGAGCUAAGAGACCCAGCUCCAUCCAGACUAGAGGCCAACUCCUGUGUGUCCGGGAGUUUGCCCAGUUCCUAGUUCCUCUCCGAAGUAUCUUCGCUUGUGCAGAACCUAAAGCAGGGGCUGUCACCUUGUCCCAGUACCUCACCCGGCAGCGCCACCUGCUGCAUGGCUACGAGGCUCGACAGAUGAAGAAUGUGCCAAAGAUUGUCCAGCUGGUGUGCAGGCUCCUCAUUGCCAUUGCUGCCAACAGACAGGUUGUGAUCGAGGAGGAAUGGCUUGAAAUCCCCGACCUCACAGCUGAGUUGGAGAAGACCAUAUCGCAGCAAGCUCUUCAGCAGCUCGGGAAAGAGAUGCAAGGGAAGGGGAUUCCUGUUGCAGCAUGUUCAUCUCACCCUCUCAGUCCCCCCGCUCUGCAGUCUGGACCUGCUCAUGAUCAGCUUCUGGCCAUUGAAAAUGAGCUUGACCCUCUGUGGAUGCAGCAGAAUGUACAAAGCCCUCUGAGAUCCUCUCUGCCCAAGAACAAGCGCCUCAGUUACAGUGAUUCUGACCUUCACAAACUUGGACCAUGGCAGCACCAUUUAGGAUAUCUGAAGAGCAACAAACCAAUCAGUUGCCAGAUCAAACAUUCUAUGUCUCACAGCAGCCUUACAGACUGUAACUGCACAACAUUUUGUGAUUUCUCUCCUCAGGACAAUAUCAGCAGCAUUCAGGACCCCACUACAGAAACAAAGCCAGACACAGCAUCACACUUUCUAAAGAAGCGGCUACAGAAAGGCUUUCAGAGUUUGUCUUUAGAUCUGUCUGAGCAGGGAAGAAAAUUCCACUAUUGCACCACACUUCCAGCCUUAUCAACCAACAGCCAACUGGUGACCAGUGAGGAGCAGCCAGAUGUGGAUAUGCCACAUGUGGGUAGAGCUGAAGCUCAGAGUGGAGAGCUGAGUGCUCUCCACUCUGAGCUUUCUCCAGAGAGCAGAAGCCUGUUAGUGGCCAAAGCUUUGGCCAUGGAGCUAACAGACAAGGACCUCGCCUUCAAGGUGUCACGUUGGCAGACAGAGCUGAACUCCAGAGAGGGAGCGUGGGAGAGGCUUUGUAUGGAGAGAGAUCCUCUGGUGCUGUCCAGUCUGAUGUGGUCAUGGCUGGAGCAGCUCAAGGAUCCAGUCAUCAGCAGUGAGGAUAUAAAAUCCCUCAGUGAGAAGAAUGUCAACCCACAAAAUGCCCUUGACUCACUGGAAAAGGGCCACAGACUCACCUUGCUGUGUAUCAUCGACUGUGCUGCUCAUCUUCUGCCAAUGCCUGAAGAGGUGGAGACUAGUUUUCUUAACCAGACAAUAAAAGUGUUUACUAAGAUCAACACUGUCUCAGAGAAGAAUAAGUCUUUAUACACAACCCUGAAAACAAUCCUGACCCCCAUUCUUCAUGAGCUGUGUGACAAAGCUGUGGAGGAGAAUGAAGACAUCGGCCUUAACAGGGCCAGUCUGACUGACAUGAGGAAGACUCACAAGAGGGGUUCUGCUCUUAUUUCUGGGCAUUAAUGUAUUCUAAGCCAGUUCUUUGUAUCAAAUACUGCUGCCAAUAUUUAGUCUUUAAACAUAUUUGAUGACUGUCAUUUGAAGGUUUUGCAUCUCCUUUUUCUCAGAAGCUCUUAAUAGACUCCAAGCACUGCCAAACUCUUUGUUAUGUGCCACUGUGCUCAGUUUGAAAGCAUUUGUUUUGUCGUCUGUUCUACUGUAAUAUUAACACUAGAUGUUGCUUUCAAUAUCUGUUAGUUUGUAGGAAAAUGACUGAGAAACAUUCUCACGAUGUUAAUGUAAUGUUUUUUAAAUGUUGCCAGCUGUUAAUGUCUGUCAAAGCUGUUGGGAGUGGGAUCUUAUUUACACCAAAAUAAGUUUUUACACUGUGCCGAUGCUGCAAUGCUAUUUAUUCAGAUGUUAUUUGAAAUGCAGUCGGUUUAACAAUUCUAACCUGAGGACAAACUACAUCAUUCAUGUAGAGAGUAUGUGUUUUCUUAGAUUCAAAUGCAAACUGCUGCUCUUGUUAUGGCAAUGCAAAAUUGGAUAGGACACAGUGCAUUUGCUUGUUCAAUCAAUUUUAUGUCCUUAAUACUGUGUGCACCAAAAACCUCUCAGUGUACUGUUCUGUUGUACAAUCAUUUGUAACACAUCAAUCUGCCUCUGCUGUUGCAUUUUGAAAAAUGUUGUGUGUCUCAACUCAGAAGGAUUGCCUCUGUCAGGAUUCUGUGUGUAACAUCGCCUUGUGUGUGUGUGUGUGUGUGUGUGUGUGUGUGUGUGUGUGUGUGUGUGUGUGUGUGUGUGUGUGUGUGUGUGUGUGUGUGUGUGUGUGUGUGUGUGUGUGUGUGUGUGUGUGUGUCUCCUGUAUGGCCACAAUGCACUGUUCUGACACAUGCUGAAUGUGGCAUACUGAUGAUGAUAAUAAUAAUAUGAAGGACUGUUUUUUCAUUGUUACAUUGGGCUACUUCUUACAGAAUUAAACACAACUUAAUGCAA